GAUUCUGACAGUUGUGGCCGGUGCACAUAACUUAUCAAGAGACAGGAAAACCAUGUCCGCAUUAAUGUGAGAAACUAUACCAAGCAUCCAAAAUACAAGACCAAUAGUAACACACCUUUCAUGGCCGACCUGAUGAUUCUGAAGCUGGAUGAGAAAAUCAAACUAAACAACAACAUCAAGACGAUUCCCAUACCAAAAACACCUGGGGAGAUCAGUGUGGGCACUGAUUGCAGUGUUGCAGGCUGGGGAUACGUGACUAAUAGAGUCCCUAUAAGUCAAACCCUCAGAGAGGCAAACAUAAAGAUUAUGAAUGACAUUGACUGUGCUGCUCAAUGGGGACUGCAAUAUAAAGCUGAAGAGAUGAUGUGUGUAUAUGGCAGUGGAGGAUCGUGUUUCGGGGAUUCAGGAGGUCCUUUGGUUUGUGACAACAUUGCGGUGGGCGUUACAUCCUUCGUAUGCGACAUAAACAGAUGCAACGAUCCUCAUCAGCAUAAUGUUUAUAUGCAAAUUUCUGCAUUUCUUCCAUGGAUCAAGGAAAUAGUAUCACUACCACCUAAAUGAAUUCUGCAUAAGAAAGUGAUAUAAAUGCUUGCUAUUAUUUCUUUUAUCUUUCCAAACUGUCAUCUUUUAACAACUCAUUAAACAACAAUUUACAACUGCACUGUACUCAUCA